UCGAAACCCUUGCACAUUAAAUAAAUCCUGUAGGAAGUUACACAACCCACACACUCUUCGUAAAGAGUAUGGGACGCAAAGUAUUAGCCAAUAGCUGACCGGCGAGUUUCCAGUAGCAAUCCCAGAAACAACUGCUGGACGCAUUUCUGCUCCAGUUCCCUUCUCGCUUACUGUAAGGUCUUGGAUCAUCAGUCAUGUGAUCCACCUAUGGAGUGGUUGAAAAAUGUACUAGAAUCUCUCUGCUUACAUGGACUCACAUCUACUCUUUCAGGUCUAUAGGUAUUCUUCCUCAAAGGCAGCGAGUAGGGAGCAUAUCAUUUGAAAACUUCUUACUCUUAAUAAUUCAUCUUAAAUUUAGUUGAAUAGAGGGACCAGAAAAUAUAGCACCAUCAUGUCAAUAGACUUUCCCCGAUCUCAAAAUAAAUAAGAGAAUCAAACGAAGUCAUGUAUUAAAACAAAUUCAGUCUUCAAUUUGUCAAUUAUGCAUCAACCUUGACAACAACACUCGACUCGACACUUUAGGUAAUAGGUGUAAUCUUUCCGAUCUUUAGGUAAAAGCAGUUUUUGAUAAUUAGCGAUCUUAUAGAAGGAAUGAUCUAUCUGCUAAUGGGAGAAAUCAGUCUAAUCUCUAAACUAAUAAAAUGCCAUUGGCCAGUUCUGUUCUGCAAUUUGCACUUUUCUUUAAUGAGUUCUGUAGUUUAAUUAGUUUCCAUUAAAAUUAACAGUGUCAAUUAGCUAUAAUUGGUGUUUUUUAUUUACUCAGAGCCCAGAAAAGAAGACCGAAGACGUCAGUCUUAAUUCAAAUAAAAAUGGAGUUCCUACUGAAGUGGAACUGUUGCAGCAAGUGACAGCAGAGUUAAAGGCCGAAUUGAAUACGCUGAAAGAACAGUUAGAACAAGAAAAGAAAAAUUCAACUGAGGUGAAAAGUUUGAAAACACAGCAGGUAUGUACCCUUACCUUUAAACUGGCAAAUGCAGUGAGACAGAGGGAACGAGCUGAAGAAGAACUGGCGAAGAUACAAAAGGAAAUGGAAGAGCUUAAAGAAGUGAUAAAAUCACAAGAGGAGAAAUUAACAAGCAGAAAUCUGGGAGAAGAUACUGAGUACGAGAAAACGGACAAGAGCGCUGAAAGUGGAUUUUUGGAUUCAGAAGAAACUGGAGACGUUGGAGAAUCAAAAGGUUCAGAAAGGAAAGGUCUAGAAAACAUACUUGAAAUACAAGGAAAUGAUGCAAAAUUGAUCGAGUCGAAGAAGCCAGAGGAGAAUCGCUCUGAAAGUUUUUAUUCGAAAGAGACGACUGAAGAGAAGGAAGAUGAAAGUGAUUUACUGAGCGAGUUAGAGGUUAAUGGAAAUGACGGAAUGUGCUCGGAGCCGAUCAGAAACAAAGUAGAAAAGCUUUCGAUUGAAAACAGCUCGCCUGAAAAUUUACCACUAGGAGAGGCCCCUGAUGGAGAAGAUUGGCAGUCAGAUGUUUCACCAGUUUCAUCCUUAGCAUUAAGUGGAUUUGAAUCUUGGAAAGAAAAAUCAUCUCUUCUUGAAAAAUCGGAAGAAAGCGAAGAUUUUCAGACUAACACUUCGUCUGAAAUUUGUUUUUCGAGUCAUGCCAACUCCUCUUUCGAAACGUGUGACGAAUUUGUGGAAGGAAAAGACAGCGUUGUGACGGAAUUAACAAUUCCAAGCAAUCAUAUAACGUUGAGUGAAAGUAGUUCUAUUCAAGCAAACGUGGAAAACAAUUUUAAGCGAUCUCUAGUGAAGCCUGAUGAUGAAAGAGACAAGAUAUCAAAAAGUGGAAAUCUACGUUUAGCCCGCAAGAACAGAAGAAAGCAUUCUCUAAACAGUGAAGAUCAAGAAUCAUCCCCACCGACCUCCCCUGGUGAUGAGUCUGUUGGUUACUUGUCAGAAAGGGUAAAUUCACCUGGGCAUUAUGGGAUGGCUGAAGACCAUACCGUAGCAGUGCAUCCUGGGAACUUUCAACAAGCUCACAAAGUAGAUUUGCUGAGGCUUGCAAGCAAGCUCCAGAUUGAUGAAGUCACAACCGGGGGUGUUAAAGAAACAGACGAGGGAACUUUAGAAGGGUUUUAUUCACAACAGCAAACCAUGCCCAAAGGAAAUAUUCACCCGGUUAACAAAGAUGUUGACAGCUCGCAUAAAGGCUUAUGGAAUCCUAAUGGCUCUGCGUCUCAGAAUGUUUGCGAGGACAUGAAAGAGUUGAAGGACGAAUUGAAGAGCGCCUUGAAGGAAAUUGAAGAACUACGACAGGAGAACAAGGAGAUGAAAAAGGAGAUGCGAAAACUUUCGACAUCCGCAGAAGAAAACGAAUUUUUCGUCAAAACAACACAAUUUACAGAAAGAUUAUUAAGAGAGAUGAGGGAAAGAGAGGCAAAGGUACACGCCCAAAGAGCGCACUUGACUUGCGAGACUUACAGAUUGGACGGGGACCUCAGCUAUUCGAGAAACCCAGAGGUUAGUUCAAUGAGAUGGCUUUCAAGCGCGCAAAGGCGAAGCGAUGAGUGUCUUCAUCGAUUAACCCAAAGUAAAUCUUCCUUGUCAUCCUUGAAGGUUCUUGGAGCAAAACUGAAAGAAAUUACAAGGUCAGUUGAAAAUAUGGCCAUGGACCCAGAACUGCAGCCGAGGGACACUUUACGACAAUCUUCACGCGCUCCUGAUCUCUCGUACUAUAGCCCGUCUUCACCAUAUUCAAUCCUGUUAAAUGAUCAUCUACAAAUAACAGAGCAGUCAAUAACUCCUGCACGGUCCUCUGAAGUUGAUAAGGAAAUGUCUAGAGAAAAUUCAACAAUGGCUCGCACAGCGCUGGAAAAGCUAGGAGAGGAAGGAAAUCUUGUUCCUUCAAAUACUCCGUUAACUGAGAAAGAUUCGGUUCGGAGAGAUAAGAAAUUCCAGAUUACCGACCACGCGCCGGAACUCUUGAAGAGUUCUGGAGGCAGCGGCACUGGUGACUGGCAUCACGAUACUAAAGAUCACAUUCAGCGUUAUAUUGUUCGCUCGUCCGAUUACAUUGCCAAAUUGCGAGAUUUAAAGCCGGAAGAAAUGACAUCCGAUUCCAAGUUGCCUUAA